AUCCCUUCGAAAACCAAAUGUAUCACGUAAGAAAUAGAAACCAAAACUACACUUGCUAAAACAGAACGUCCCUCUUCAAAAAUAAAUAAAUUCAUUGAUGGACAGCCGCCGGGUGUUAGGCCACGCGGGAGCUCCAGGUAACACACACAGGCAGGCGGGUAUUUACACCCAGCGAUAGCCCAGCGGUGAAAAGGAGGUUGUGGCCCCGCCCGGCACCAGAGCAGGCUGACAACUUCCUGUGUAGACACCAACACACAAGCACCGGAACAAGCGCCUCCUGUGGCUCCUGGUGGUGCUGCUGGCGGCGGGCCUCACCGUCACCACUGCCCACCGGAAUCGGAGUCGUUCGCGUUCACGUUCCAGCACCAACAUUCCGUCGUGACCCUCCGCCCUCACGCCCACGACACUUCCACAGGGUUUAAGGCCCGAGGAACCACCACCACCACCACCACCACCACUACUACGACUACUACUACCAUGAACUACUACUACUACUACUACUACAACACUAACGGAGGCAAGACUACAACUACUACCUCCCUGCUGCCCCUUCUGCUGCUACUGCUGAGCGGGUUGCCGAGGGAAGCUUUUCUGAAACGCGUCAAGAAUAACGAAGUACUCGGCUGCAACGACGUGAUGGAGGCGCUGCCGGGGAGACCUGGCCACUGGAAGGGCAUGAACGGCACCCUGGCCAGCCCCAACUACCCCAUGCCCUACCCGGCCCGCAUGCAGUGCCGGGUCGAUCUCAAGGCGCCUCCCCACCACCGCGUCAGGCUGGUCUUCACGGAUUUCCUACUAUAUCAUCCUCUCAACUACUCGAAUAAGAACUGCAACGCAAUGGACUCCGUGACGAUAAGCGAGAGUGCCAACAGCAAGCUUGGCACCUUCUGCGGCACCGGGAACCCGCUGCCCAUCAUGUCCUCCGGGUCCUUCCUCAGCCUCGUCUUCCGGAGCCUCACCUCGGGCCCCCACGUCAAGGGCUACCGGGCCGAGUACACGUUCCUUAAGGAUUUCGGGCUAACAACGGGCCGCCAGCUGGACCACCACCCGUGUACCUUCGAAUUCAACUCCACAGUGUACCCGAGCGGCGAGAUCCACAGCCCCAACCCCGGAGGCAAGUACCCGCGAGACACCGUCUGCCAUUACGUCUUCCACGGCCGCAGAGAUCAGAGGGUCAUGCUCGACUUCUUGUACUUCGAUAUCGAAGGAGUCGCGCCGUGUACGGCGAACAGCAAGAGCGACUUCGUGGAAUUCAGCAACUCCCCGAUAGAGCACGUCCUGCCUCGACGCUGCGGACGCUACGCUCCAAAGACCGUGGAGUCCGAGGGGCCGUACCUGCGCGUUACCUUCCGGAGCGACAGCAAGUUCGAGGGCAUGGGCUUCGCGGCAACCUUCAGUUUCUUCAGCGGGAAAAACAAGGACGCGAGGAGCAGUGAUGCCAACCACGAGCACCAACCCCUCUCUGUGGCCACGGCAGGUACGGCAGUUGUCACGCGGGCGGGCAGGUGGGUGCUGACGAUGGCGAUAGUCACGCAAGCAUCUACACUUCCCCUUCUUCUUCAUCGCCUUCUGUAGCGCUCACAAGGUAGCAAUAAGAGUGUAAAUAGUGCUAAUGAAGUUGUAUAUUUUUCUCCUUUAACUGACUGAUGUUACGCCAAUCCCAUGCUCUUUGUUGCUUGUUAUUCUGUUUCUUCUCGUUUUUCUCUCUCUUUCCCUCUCUUCUUUUCGUUGUUACUUCGUCUCUCUAUCCCCCUUUCCUUCUCUACUCUUCCUUUUCCUUCU